AUGGAAACGCGGCUGGCGGAGGAGGCGUUCCGCGAGGACGAAGGUGGGAGAGCGGGGAAGGAGCGAGCGCGGAGAGGAGCCUAUUAUCUGCGCUCCAGGCAGUCGCUGCGCCAGGGAGCGGUGGAGAUGCAGACACGGCAGAGAACCGGGGCCAAGCAGCCAGGGCCGGAGACCAGGCGGCGGGACGCUGAGGCUUCGGAAAACGAAGUGUCCACAUACAGAACCAGAAGACAAAGGGACAACACAAAUUACAACAGCCAGACACACUUGACAGAAGGGAGUAAAAGUGCAUUUGGCAUAGUAGAUAUAUCGCCUUUGGUUCGACCGAGUAUAAGAAAGAGUCGACAGACAGAAAACACGGUCUCCAGUGCAAGUAGAGAUUUCAAAAGGAAUGAGUCAGAUGAUGGGGAGGAAGAGGAGGAAGACGAAGAGGAUGCUGAUGGCUACAGUGAUGACAAUGAAUCUGAAAAUGAUGGAGAAAAUUAUAAGAAGACUAAUGUGUAUCAACCACCAAGAGAUAAUGGAAGUGAUGUUUUGCAGUCGUCCCUUCUUCUGUCAAAGGAUCCCCCAACAGUUGUACAAAAACAACCAGUGUUUAACCAGAAGACGACAUUCAGGAAAUCAAAUGAAGCUGAAUCUCAAGUUCAACCCAAUACACUGAAGAAGCAUUCACAGCCUGCAGCCAAAAAGCCUGUUGGACAGUCCAGUGCAGGAUGGUUUAGGAUGUGCAUUUUGGUAUUAGCAGUAGCUUCCGUUACUGUUGUAUGGCAUGUCUGGAAGAAUCAAUCCUCUAAGACUUUGCCGAGGGAAGAAAUCAAAGUUGUGCAAGCAUUUGAGACCCAGAUGAAGAAACUUAGGAAUGUCUAUCCAAAUCAGGAUCCAAGACUGUGGGAGAGAAUCCAAAUGUUCCUUGUGAAACGACUCAAUACCACCCAUCCCCACUCGCAGCCUGCCAUCUUACUGCUCACAGCUGCUCAAGAAGCUGAAAAGUCUCUAAAGUGCUUAAGUAACCAGAUUGCUGAAGCUUAUUCCUCCUCCCUGAGUGCUGCCACAAUCAAGAUUGAUGGGGCUGGAAAAGCCACGCUGGAUAGCGACGUCGUCAAGCUGGAGGUAGAUAAUAAGCUAAGCUCUGGGUUCAAGGAAGGUAAAAAAGCAGCUGUGGUGCAUCGAUUUGAGUCUCUGCCUGCAGGCUCCACUUUGAUCUUCUACAAGUACUGUGACCAUGAAAAUGCAGCAUUUAAGGAUGUAACUCUUCUGCUAACUGUCCUUCUGGAUGAGAAGUCCCUGAGAAAGAACCUCAGGCUGCUGGAUGUUGAGGAGAAAGUGCGGGAUUUUCUCUGGGCCAAAUUCACCAAUUCAGACACUCCCAGCUCCUAUAAUCACAUGGACACAGAUAAACUGAGUGGACUGUGGAGCCGCAUAUCUCACCUGGUCCUGCCUGUUUGGCCUGAAAAUGCUCUUCCUAAGGAGGGCUGCUUACAGAUGGAUUAAAUAUAAGACAUGGGAGGAUAGGAAAACAGUGUUGUGGUAUCUGGGCAGUGCAGAACUUAACUGCUGAGCUGAGGCAGCACACAAUAUUCUCUAUGCAGAGCAAGGACUGGUAGGGUUGUUCCAUUUAAAAGAACUGGAGUUCUCUCUAGACAAUUGGAGAGUGUAAGUAUGGAGCACAGCUGUUAGGUUGGUCCCUCCUCAGUAACUCAUUGGGCCUAGUGAUCUGUAGGUAGAAAUGUCUUGCCCCCAUUGUAGAGCCAUCCCUCUGUGUGUAAAGCUAUUCUUGUGUGCAGUAGACAAGUGUCUCUCUGCUGAAACUUUUCCAGCAGUAGGUAGUACUGCCAUUGGGUAUGGCAAGAUAAUGGGAUCUAGCGGAUUCUACAGACUUCUCUCCUGUCUCCUCUACCUACUUACAAUCUACCAGAAUAACAUUCCCCUCUAUUCUCAGAGGCUUAAUUUUAUUAAUUGGUAGUAGAGAUGGGGCUACAUGCAUCCAACCAUCGGCUUUCUUUCUGCAGCUGACCAUGGCCUUGGGUAUAAGUUGCCUCUGCAUGUUUCCUAGACUGGCUGAAUUGUAUAGAAGAUGUUCUGGUUCAGGAGAGACUUCUCAAAGCUGUUUUUGUUCUGUUUAGAAGAGCCUGGUGCCCCCUCUCGCCUCCUUCCUCCCCCC